UUUUAGCUACCUAGCUAGCUAGAGCUUCAUGUUCCAAGAUGGUUAAGAAUAAUUUUAUUAAAUUUGUUUACUCUCUGAUAAUCUUUUAUUCUUGGUCUCUAAGUUUCAUGAUCAUGGGCAUGGCACAAAGAAACGAGACAGUGAUGGUGAAAGUGGGAGGUGUUAUUGAUCUUACUGGAAUGGUUGGGAAGAUGGGGUUGAGUUGCAUCAACAUGUCCCUUUCAGAUUUCUAUCUUUCUCAUCCUCAUUACAACACUAGGAUCCAAUUCAGCUUCAGGGAUUCUCAUGGAGACGUUGUUACUGCUGCUGCACAAGCUUUGGAACUCAUACAAAAUGAGCAAGUGCAAGCUAUCCUUGGUCCUGUAACAACAAUGGAGGCAAAUUUCAUGAUCCAUUUAGGAGACAAAGCUCACGUGCCUAUCAUAACCUUUUCAGCAACAAGCCCCUCUUUAUCAAUGCUCAAAAGUCCUUAUUUUUUCCAAAUUGCACACAAUGAUUUAGCUCAAGUGAAUGCCAUAACCUCCAUGGUUCAAGCUUUUGGUUGGAAACAAGUGGUGCCCAUUUAUGUUGACAACAGCUUUGGUGAAGGACUCAUCCCUUCCUUAACCAUUUCUCUGCAACAAGCCUAUAUCAGAGUGUUGGGAAAUAAUCUGUUGGGGAGAUGCUGCAACUCUUGGAUUGAUGAAGAUGUUGAUGACGGAAGCACUUGA